GAGAAAUAAAUGUAGUUUCAUCGAAAAUAGGCAAAACAAACUGCUCAAAAUAGUUUGUCAUAUUUGAAAGUCACACUAGAUACAUUGAUAAGAAUGACUGGAAUAGGAUAUUUCUGGUUAAACAUAAGUUUCAUCGCUUUUACGUCAUUACUAGUUACAUGUACAACUACAUAUGUUCAACAAAAUAUAUCUGGAAGUACACCUAACUGUCAGCUACAGUUAGAAUGUAUUGGGGCUAGUUCAUCUGGAUUCGGCCGGGUACGUAUACCAGUAAGGUCAGCUAGAGGACCUCCUGGACCUGCAGGACAACAAGGAAAAACUGGACCACCUGGUCCUCGUGGAGAAACAACAAAAAUGCAACCAGUAUGGAUACCUAGACCGAUAGAAUAUCAAAUCGCCUUCUAUGCAGGAUUAUCAAAAAGCAUCGAAAGUAAACCAACAAAUAAAAAUUGUCAAUUAGUAUUUGAAUCUGUUAUGUUAAAUCUUGGCAAUGGAUAUGACAAUACAACAGGCGUAUUCACUGUACCUGCCUCUGGUGUUUAUAUAUUUGUUGUAGUUUUAUCAGCACAAAGUUAUGAAAAAAGCCUGAAGAAGAAUUUAUUGAAAACAAUUGUUCGCUCUAAAUAUUUUGAUCUGAAUAAAUUAUGGGAAUAUUUAUUUUACAAAUAUGAAUUGUUGAAUACUUCAACAAGAGACAUAACUCUUUUACUUACCAUUUCAUAUCCUCCUAGCUUAGUGAUAGGGUGUGAAGUGAUAGAGCGUGUUGACCAGUUAACAUAUUUGGUGAUAUGUACCCAUAUAUAUAUAAAUAUAUAUAUGUGUGUGUGUGUAAGGUGGUCUCUCUUUCUAUUGCUCGCUUAGUCUGUGACCAUUUCAUUUUGAUGAACCUGUCUCCUUUAACAAUGUAUAUUCCCCUUAUAUUAUAUAUAAUAUGAGUGUUUGUUGACAGUCCGUUGCUUGGUGACAUAUAUCUAUAUUAUAUGUGUGGUUGUUGACAUGUCUGCUAUAUUUUGCUAUGUAUAUAUGGAUCGAUACUCCAUUAUAAUUAGCCAUUCAUGUUAAGACUGUCUAUUGAUUUGUUCACACACUUGUCUGGACAUUCAUAUAUAUUUCGCUCUCACAAUCUUGUGUGACACUUUGGUGUGAUACCACUUUUGCAUUCUCCUUGUGUUUGGAAAAUAGAAGUAUCAUCGCAAACCUAGUGGUCUUCUGAUUUCCGCCUUCUUGCGUCAGGACUAUUAAAUUCUCGACCAGUACAUAACAAUAAUUUGGCGACGAGUACAUAACAUUUGGGAGGUUGUAUCAGCACCAACGGACUGAUUGGCGGCGAAAUCUCAGCACGGAUCCAAAAAGCUCGAGCUGCUUU